AUGGCUGCUGGCGCUGUCACCACGGAACCUUCCGCGCCCGAGGAGCGGGAGAAGCAACAUCUUCCUCCAAAAUCUUAUGCAGAUGCGGUCGAAGAAGCGCCGGUUGAUCAGGGAACACAUGAGAAUGGGGAAUCAAAUGGAAACAACGAUGGUGAUAAUUCAAAGAUGAAUGGGAGCAAUGGGCACCAGAAUUCUACAGGACACAAAGCAUCCGUGCUAAGGAUUGUGGCAACGGAUUCGCAGGAAGAGAAUAAGACGAAUGAGAAAAAGAGUUUCAGACCAGAUCUGAGUCGAGGAGUUUCAAAAGAGGAAUAUUCGGCUACAGGUCUGGAUGAUACUCCGAAGUCUCCGCCAAAGAAACCUAAGAAGACUACAUCUCAGAAGAAUAUACGGUCCCACAAUAAAUCCAGCAGCGAUGCGAGCUUUCCAGAGAGCCCAAUCAAAGAUUCUGCAAAAGACUCGAACAUAUUCGAAAAGGUCAAUGGCACUCAAAAUGGCAGCAAACUCAUUAGUGUCAAGCCAGCCAUUGACAACAAGGACCUACCUAAAGAGGACCGACCGCAUUACGAAAAGCCCUCAAAAGAGUUGCAGAAAGAAGAAGGCCUUGCCAGUGGUCGUAUAGCAGGUCAGAGAUGGGGCCAAAGUGGAAUUCGGUUUGCGCCUAUGAAUAUCCCAUUGCAGAGGAGAUUGCAGACGCUAGUUGUGUUACUUCACACUCUCUGUAUAGCUAUUUCGGUCUCCAUUUUCUUCUUUUUAUGCGCGAUACCUCUAUUCUGGCCAUUACUUAUACCCUACAUGAUCUAUUGUCUUACUUCGAAGGCGUCCACUUCGGGUACUCACAGUCACCGCUUGGAGUUCCUUCGACGAUCGCCAGUCUGGUCAUUGUUUGCUUCAUAUUUCCCCGCUCGACUACAUAGAAGCCAGGAACUUCCACCAACAAGGAAGUAUAUCUUCGGCUACCAUCCUCAUGGAAUCAUAUCUAUGGGCGCAUUUGGGGCUUUCGCAACCGAAGCACUAGGUUUCUCGCAGCUCUUUCCGGGGAUAAAGAACACACUUUUGACGCUUGAUUCGAAUUUCCGCAUUCCACUAUACCGGGAUUAUGCUUUGGCUAUGGGAUUGUCAUCCGUGUCCAAAGAAUCGUGCGAAAAUCUCCUUAGUAGAGGUGGUCCAAACAAUGAGGGUAUGGGCCGUGCGAUCACGAUUGUAGUAGGAGGUGCUCGAGAAUCUCUCGAUGCCCAACCUUACACCCUACGCUUAGUCUUGAAGCGCCGCAAGGGAUUCGUCAAGAUGGCCAUUCGAACAGGAGCAGACCUCGUCCCAGUCCUAGCAUUUGGAGAGAACGAUCUUUAUGACCAAUUCUCCGCUGAGUCACAUCCAAGAAUCCACAAGUUCCAACUUUUGGUGAAAAAGAUGCUUGGGUUUACCAUUCCUUUGUUCCAUGCAAGAGGUGUAUUCAACUACGAUGUAGGCUUGAUGCCAUAUCGUCGACCUCUCAACAUUGUUGUUGGAAAGCCCAUCACCGUUGCUCAGUCUGGUAAGCCUUCGCAAGAAGAGAUUGAUAGGGUACAUGAGGAAUAUGUUACCGAGCUUGAACGGCUGUGGGAUUUAUGGAAGGACAAAUUUGCGCCGGACAGAAAAGAGGACCUGAAUAUAUUCGAGUAA